AUUCUACUUUCUGGUUAUUCCAUUCCAUUCGCGGUGCGGUGUAAUGCGGCAACCGCAUUUAUUUCUGCAUUGAUUAUUUUGUGAAACAUUAGUGAUAAGAUAAAUAAUCAAAUAUAAUACUUUUUCAUAAUGGCCCAGGGGGAUAUUAAAAAUUUAUCCUUAAAGGAGAUUUUCACAUCCGAUAAGAGAGGUAACGAUGAAACUGGCGAUGGUACAGAGGGGAAUCCGUUUAAAACGAUCCUUCAGGCUAUGCGUAGAGCGGGGAAGGAGCCAUUUCCGACAAUCUAUGUUGAUUCGAAAGAAGAAGGAAAAGUUUACGAUGUAGCUGCUAAGUCUCAGCUGAAGAAGAUUCAGAAGAUCUGGGUUCGAGAGGCACACAAGGCAGCAGAUAAGGCUAAGCUUGAGGAGGAAACCAAUGAGAAGAGAUUGCAGAACUUUGAGGAAGCAAAGAAAGUAUGCAUUGAAAAAGACCCAAAACUGCCGAAAGCGGAAAAUGUUAAGAUUUAUGAGACACCGGAGCAUCGUGGGAAGCGUAUCUGCGUCCGAGGCUGGGUACACAGGCUGCGCAGACAGGGCAAAGCUCUGACGUUCCUCACCCUCCGUGACGGGACUGGCUUCUUGCAGUGCGUGCUCCAUGGAAUCCUCUGCCAAACAUACAAUGCUUUAGUCCUGUCGACUGAGUCUUCGGUUAUUAUCUAUGGCAAAUUGGAAGUUUUACCAGAAGGAAAAACUGCCCCAGGCGGGCAUGAGCUGACAGCAGACUACUGGGAGCUGGUGGGCCUGGCGCCCCCUGGUGGAGCCGACGCCAUUCUCAACGAGGAAGCUCUGGUUGAUGUUCAGCUGGAUAACAGGCACAUAAUGAUCCGUGGUGAGAACACAUCGAAAGUGCUCCGCGCCCGCGCGGCCGUCACCCGCGCGUUCCGCGACCACUUCUACGCUCGCCAUUACACGGAGGUCACCCCGCCGACGCUGGUACAAACCCAGUGCGAGGGAGGGAGCACUCUGUUCAAGUUCAGCUAUUUCGGCGAGGAAGCAUACCUGACGCAAAGCUCCCAGCUUUACCUGGAAACUUGCCUGCCAGCGUUAGGAGACGUGUACUGCAUCGCGCAAUCCUACCGCGCCGAGCAGUCGCGCACUAGACGUCAUCUUGCCGAGUACAGCCACGUAGAAGCUGAAUGCCCGUUCAUCACUUUCGAAGACCUGUUGAACCGUUUGGAAGAUUUGGUUGUGGACGUAGUCGAUCGCGUGCUGGCUUCGCCCGACGCUCAUCUUGUACACGACCUCAACCCUAACUUCAAGAGGCCCCAAAGGCCGUUCAAGCGGAUGGCGUACACGGAGGCGCUGGAGUACCUCAAACAACACAACAUCACCAAGGAGGACGGAUCCUUCUACGAGUUUGGGGAUGACAUCCCCGAACAGCCCGAACGCAAGAUGACCGACGCGAUCGGAGUCCCCAUCCUGCUUCAUAGUUUCCCGGCUGAGAUCAAGUCUUUCUACAUGCAGCGCUGCGCUCACGAUCCGCGUCUCACGGAGUCUGUGGACGUACUGAUGCCUGGCGUCGGUGAAAUCGUCGGUGGUUCCAUGCGUUCUUGGGACUACGACCAGCUCAUGGAAGGCUACAAGCGCGAGGACAUCGACCCCGCCCCCUACUACUGGUACACCGACCAGCGCAAGUUCGGCUCCACCCCGCACGGCGGCUACGGGCUUGGACUUGAGCGCUUCCUGUGCUGGCUGCUCAACCGCUACCACAUCCGUGAGGUCUGCCUGUACCCGCGCUUCCUGGAGCGCUGCACUCCUUAGACACACUGGGCCAAUCCGCGGCAAGAGUAACGUGAGUCACGAUUUUAUGGCACGUUCAAUUUUAUUCACAAUGCAAGUUGAAGUGAUAAUCUAAGAUCUUUCACGAUAUAUGCAUAGAUCCCUUCAUUUGCAGCUGUAGUUCAAAUAAACAAUCAAUGCAGUCGUGAUUCACGUUACUUUUACGUGCAUACACUACAACGCAACCUCGGUAACGCAAGUUGCUCAACGCCACAGGGAAACUACAUCUUACCAGUACCCAAAAAAACGUAACGUUCAGUGUUAUGUAUGAAAAUGAUUUUUUUCAGUGUUUAUAUUGCCGCUAGCUGUUUUAAUCGUCAUAAAUAUUGCUUAUAAAUACUAUUUAUUUUUCACUUUUCUACCGUCAAUGGUUUUAAGCUAGGAAAAUCUCAAUACAUAUAUUUAUGACGCAUUUUUUUUUUAAUAUGAGCACUAAUGUAAGCGUCAUAGAGUUCUUCUAAACCACAGCUUCAGUAACGAAGCUGUACGAAGUCAUGGCAUUUCUUGUUGACAUAAGACUAUUGUAAGCAUUUUUGUGUUAUGAUAGGUAUUAGAAAUAAUAUCAUAAAGUGUUUUAUGAAGAGUUUGAUAAUAACGGAAUGUAUUGAAGGGAAAUACAGCUUGUUUUACUUAGUUA